GUGGGUCACAUUAAUAAAUGAACAUUAACAUAAAAUUCUCACUUUUUUCCUAUAAUUUCAGCCGAUUUCAGCUCUGCCACCAUGGGGACAAGCAGUGUUAGUACUUCUGGGACUAUACCAUACAUGGCCCCAGAAGUACUCAGCAACAUUAGCACCAAGACCAUCCGCUACAACUCUAAGGCUGAUAUAUGGUCAUUGGGAAUAUCAGCGCUGGAAAUGGCAGAAGGAUAUUAUCCAUUCAGCAGACUUCCCGAAAAUAAGCUGAUGAAGAGGGUUAUGCACGGUCCCGCACCAACAUUACUAUGGGACAAAUGGAGUGACAACUUUCGUGCAUUCAUCAGCAAAAUCCUCCAAAAGAAUGCAGCGUGGAGACCCUCUGCAGAGCAGCUACUGUCACACCCCUUCAUAUCAAAUAUCCCAAAUGAGAGGGGUGUGACUGGUUCCAUCAAGUGGUACCUGCAUUAAGGUAAGGGAACUGCUCAUUCUCAUUAUAAUUCACUUGAUGUAUAGACUAUAUCCAUCUACUGCUCUUAUUCAUACAAUAUUCUCGCCCUUUCUUACAUAUACUAUAAUUCUCUAACUAAAGCCGCCCAUAAUAAAGGCUGAGAUUGUAUAAGGGCAGAGGUCAGUGAACUAGGCCAAAUCUAUGAGAGAAACAAACAUGAUGAGAUGGGAGAAAAUGUAAUUAUUAAAUAGUUGUAGUUGACCUUUAAAUUAGCAAAGGGGAUGAGAUAUAAAACAUGCAGCACUCAUAAAGCAGAGACA